CACGUUUUCCGCUGCGUGGUACGUCUGUCGUUGACAGAACAGUUUGCCUUUGAUGACUUCAAGAGAGUUGUGGGAUCAACUGGUGAAAGUCUCCAGGAAGCAGGAUGUCAGUACCUCUGGGAAAACUGGUCCUUUUUGGCAGUGCAGCUGCUGGGAGCUGGGCCCUUGUGUAUUACCUUAUACAAAACACUUUUUCCAGGGCUUCGUAUUACCAGUUGGCGCUGGAGCAGCUGCAUGGCCACCCCGAGGCACAGGAGGCUCUGGGGGCUCCUCUCAACGUUCACCAUCUCCGACUCACUGACAAGCACAACUUCGUGGACAUCGCCGAUGCCAAGCUGAAGAUUCCUAUCUCUGGAUCCAAGACAGAGGGCCAUCUCUAUGUCCAUUCAACCAGAAGCGCCCCCUUUCAGAGGUGGCACCUUGAUGAGGUUUUCUUAGAACUCAAGGAUGGUCAGCAGAUUCCUGUGUUCAAGCUCAGUGAGGAGAACAGCGAGGAAGUAAAAAAGGAGUAGAGGUGAUGAAAAAGACCCAGCUUUCUUCUGGGCUGGCCUUCCUCAUCUCCACUGCGUGCCCACCAGGGGUGACAGCCCAUCGGAGUGACAGACACUCCUGCAAGCCAAUUUUGCAGCCACCCGUGGGAUGAUUGUAUGUGCCAGCAUAUGGUGAUACUGGUAUAAUUCUAACUUGGGCACAACAAACGCUACUGUGGUUUUUAAAAUUGAGUCUGAAAGAAACAUUUAUUAUACAUUUAUGUGGUAAUUUAUUUAAAAGUGUUC